AAAUUGACCUCUAUAAUGGGUAAAGAUUAAGGAAGUGGGAGAAGUAAAAUCAAACAAAAACAAACCAAACCAAAGUAUAUUCUUUAAUCUUUAUCCAACAAUAUUCGACUUCAAUUUCCUUGUAACACAGAACAUCAGAAUAUUCUAAUAAUUUUGUGCCUCAUAAAUUGUUGAGCCUUCGUUUCAAUUUUCCUUCACACCUCGGAAUUCAUUCAUCUUCUGCUUAUCGUGUUCUUCCCCCUUUUCUCGUGAAUCACGAACCCUAAUUUACGAACUCAGUACAACGACAGAGAGAAUCUUCACGAAUUGUUGUUUGUUUCAUCAUGGCUGCUCAGAACAUUAUACAGAAUGACAAAGAUUUGCUUCUCUACACUUCCAUUUUCGGAGACGAUGAAGGAGGUACAGUUAAAUCUCGGGGCGCAUUGAUUGAGAAGAAGAUUGAAAUGCUCGAGGGCUUAGCUUCCAAUGUUGGCAAUCGACGAUCACGAAGAUUAUUGAAUGACCGACUUUUGAUGGAGCUCGUCCCUCGUCUUAAUGCCGAAGAAAUUAGGGGAUUGUUUGCUCCACCACCCUGGGGUGAGGAGGUUCCAUUGUCAUCGUUUUGCAUGGCCAAUGUGGGGGAUUGGGACAAAGUUAGGAACACAGACAUGGAUAAAGAGGCUAGCAUUUUGGAGUCCAUUAGACAAAGCUCUCAGAAGCGUAAAACCCACGUUGACGCUGACAAAACGGCUGUCAUGAAUGCAUGGCAUAAAAUUGAUUGUCGAACAAGGGAAGCUUUUCGACGUAGCUUUCUCCCUGAGCUCAUCGAGGGCUAUGAGAACCGCAUACGCGCAUUUAUUGGGAACGGCAAUGAUUCUGAAGUUCUGUUGCUUCAGGUCCAAGAUCCUUUCCACAGGUUGUUGCUUCAUGGUGUGUGCGAGAUUGACGCGUUCACAGAUUCCGAGUUCAAGGGUAACCCAGCUGCUGUUUGUUUACUCGAAGAGGAAAGAGAAAAUGAGUGGCUUCAAUCAGUUGCUGCUGAAUUCAAUAUCUCUGAAACUAGUUAUCUCAUUCCUUUUCCUGUUUCUGAUUCCCCACAUCCUCGAUUUCAUCUCCGUUGGUUCACUCCUGUUACUGAGGUAGAACUCUGUGGUCAUGCAACCUUAGCGGCUGCACACUUUUGUUUCACAUCCGGUUUGGUGAAGGAAAAUACAGUAGAAUUCUCAACACUCUCUGGCAUCUUAACGGCCCAUAAAGUGAUUGAACUAAAAGAGUCCGAGAAAGGUGAAGUGGAACGACAACCAUUCUUGAUCGAAUUAGAUUUUCCUGCUAUUGCAACAACGGAAUGCAGUUUAGAUGAGGCCUCUUCUAUAUCUAAAGUAUUAGGUUCUUCUGUCAUCGAUAUGAAGAAGACGGCUUCAGAUGAUCUAUUUGUUGUUUUGCCAUCAGCAAAAGCUGUUACAGAUAUGAGAGUUGACCUUGAGGAAGUUAAAAAAUGCCCUGGCAGGGGGUUGAUCAUAUCUGCAGCUGCACCAUCUGGAUCUGAGUUUGAUUUUUUUAGUCGAUUCUUCUGCCCAAAGUAUGGCAUCGAUGAGGAUCCAGUUUGUGGGAGCGCGCAUUGUGCUUUAGCAUGGUAUUGGUCCAAGAAGAUGGGGAAGUCAGAUUUCACUGCAUUCGCGGCAUCACCGCGAAGUGGGAUUUUGAAGCUGCAGUUGGAUGAGCAGAAAAAUAGAGUUAAACUUCGAGGAAAAGCUGUUACUGUCAUGGAAGGCUCUGUUAUUGUAUGAAACCUUUAAGGCUCCUGUCAGUUGAACUCUGGAAAAUGCAUGUAUAAGCUAGUUAAUGACAUUUGUGUUGGAAUAGUUUUUUUAAGUUCCAUUGUGACAACUUUUCCUGUUAUUAGAUUGUUGAAUUGCACAAAAAUGUUGAUGGUCUUACUCUAUCCUAUUGCUUUGAUGGUUUUCAUUUUA